AUGGAGAGCGCGGGCGCUGACGAUCUCCUCCAUGACAACUUGACCAACGUCAAGCGGACGGAGGAGAUUACGUCUCAAAUGCUUCAUAAAACCAAAAAAAUUCUGGCCACAUCCGUGUACGCGCGGAGUCGCGACGACUAUGAGCUCCUCGACAAAGUGGUGCAAUCCAUUCACUUUUUUGCCGACAUCGACCAUGCCGAGCGGCUGCAGUACCUCCGCGCCUGCCGCGGCGUCUCGCUCAACAAGGGCCAAGUGCUCUUUUCGAUCGGCGACCCCGCCGACUCGUUCUAUUGCGUUCUAUCCGGCGCGCUCAACGUCGUUGUCGACCUCUCGCGUGUCAAGAUCCACACCAAGCGUGAGCUAGAUGAUAUUCUAAACCGCGCCAAAAUCUACUCGUGCUUGAACAGCCCUGGCGUCGGCACGGGUUCGCCGUACACGACGUCGUACGUUGUGCGCUGCCUCCGGCGGUUCGACUCGUUUGGCGAUGCGGGCAUGCUCGCGCCCGAUAGCUCGCGGACAGCAACCGUCGUCGCCAUCGAAGACACGCUCCUCUUACGCGUCGAGAAGGAAGCGUUCUUGGACUGUCGCGUGUUUCGCCAGCGCAAAGAAAUCAAUCAAAAGCUCGCGUUCCUUGCCAAGGUCAAGAUCUUCCAGCACUGGACACUCGAGGCCAAGACGCGCUUGUGCCAGCGCCUCGAGCGCGUGCUCAAAUCCUACAACGAUGUGCUUCUCGCCCAAGACACGGACCCGCGUACGUUAUUUGCCAUGAACGACUUUAGUGGGCAGUGCUUUGGUGCGUACGAGGUCCUGCGCGGCAUGCACCGCGGCGCCUUCUCCGUCCUCGUCUCGUCGCCCAGUGCCGUCCUCUACCGCAUCGAGAAGAGCGACGUGCGCUAUUUGGUGUUGAAAGACGCUGUCACGGAGCAGCUGCUCAAGGCCGACGCCAACGACCUUUACGCGCGCAUGCACAAGCAGUCGAUCGAGCAGGACCUCGUCAUGAACACGCAGUGGCACGAAUACAAGGAAGCCAUUGUCGCCGAGGCCACUCCGCGGCGCGGCCAGGCCAAGCUCACGCCGCACUUGCUGCCGUUCGUGCACAGUUUGGACCCGUCUCCGCUGGCGACACCCGGACCCAGCGUUGUGCUGCCGCCACGAUCUCCACCGGUGCGAGGACCGCCCAAGCCCAUGGUGCCGGUGCGGUCCCACGUGCCGCCAGCCGCCGCCUCGGAAAAGCUCUUUCAAAGCCACAAGACGUGGCUGCAGGCAUAGAAUGUCAAUAUGACCACACUCAAAUUCACACAACGAGUGCUAGUGGGCCAAAAAUCGUGUCGCCA